UGCCAUUGAUGAAUAGAAGAAGAACACAAAACCUGGCUCGAAGAAGACUCUGGACGAAUCAUGGCGGUGGAUAGGAAAGAUGCGCGAUCAGGAAAAGCUCCUAAAAAAGAGUCCCAGCCUUUAAUUAUCGCCAAAACUCCAGCAGAGGAGCAGCGUUUAAAGUUGGAGAGAUUGAUGCGAAACCCCGAUAAACCUGCGUCCAUUCCAGAGAAACCAAAAGAGUGGAAUCCUCGCGCUCCACCAGAGUUUGUGCGGGAUGUGAUGGGUUCCAGUGCUGGAGCAGGCAGCGGUGAAUUCCAUGUGUAUAGACAUCUGCGCCGUCGGGAGUAUCAGAGACAAGACUUCCUGGAACGAAUUUCUGACAAGCAAAAGCUGGAUGAAGAAUAUAUUGAGAAGGUGAAAGAAAACCAAAAGGCUGCUGAAGAAAGAACCGCCAAACGCAGAAAGAAGAGGGAAAAGUUGAAACAAAAGAAGCUGAUGGCUAAGAAAGCCAAGAUGGAGAGCCAGAAAGAAGGAGCAGCCUCAGAGGAGAAGUCAUCAUCCUCUGCUUCUGAAGAAGAAGAGCAAGAAGAUGAUGCAGAAGUGCCCAGCUUCAUCAUGGGGAAGAGGUGACCGAAUGAAAGGAUGGAAGUAUCCAGCAUAUACUCCCCCGUACAA